GCGGGUCUAGUUUAAUACAUUUUAGGCGUCCUCACUCACACCCAGUUGAAGUUGACUAACUAAAGUCGUCCUUUUUUUUAACAGUAUUUUAUAAGUAAUUCCUGCCGCAAUUCAAUUUGAAAAAUCAAUCUGCUGUCGCUCGAGAACAUGUAAGAAGCUAAGUUUAUCGACACAAGGUAGCAAGUAUCUGAUCCAACGCAUACAAACUUCAGAUUUCAUUAUCAUUCAAUGGCAUUGACUUCAACAUUAUCUGCUCAAAGGAGCUUCUUGUAUGAUGUCUUUUUGAGUUUUCGGGGUGAAGACGUACGUAAAAGUUUUGUUGAUCAUCUCUAUAAAGCUCUUAAUGACAAAGGUAUUAUCAUUUACAAAGAUGAUAAACGCAUCGUCAAAGGAGAAGAGAUCAGUGACCAGCUCAUCGCAGCUAUUAAAAAUUCGAAAUUUCACAUCAUUGUUUUCUCCAAGAACUAUGCAAAUUCUGCGUGGUGCUUAGAAGAGCUUGUACAGAUCAUGGAGUGCCAGGAGACAGGGGAGCAGACCGCUUAUCCCAUCUUUUAUGAUGUGCAACCCACUCAAGUCCGCAACCAGAGUGGGCCAGUUGGAGUAGCAUUUGAAAAGCAUAUAAAGAAAGAGGCGGUUGGGGGAUGGAGAAAUUUUUUGAAAAUAGUAGCAUGUCAGGAUUGCUCGAGGUUGAACACCAGUGCCGGAGAAGCAGGGAACGGGGCUACUAGGAGAUGGAAACAUGCUUUGACACAAGCAUCGAAUCUGGCGGGGCGGGAGUUGAAACACACUGCUGAUGGCCACGAAGUUCCGUUCAUCAAGAAAGUUGUUGAAGACAUUUUACAAAGUCCACAUUUCACCAAUUUCAGCACUGAUGCUGACUUAGUAGGCAUGGCGAUCCGGAUACAGAAAUUACUUUCAUCUUUGCACGUCGACUCUGAUGACGUCCGGGUGAUAGGAAUCAAAGGGAUGGGAGGUGGUGGGAAGACAACUCUUGCAAGAGCUGUUUUUGAUCAUAUAUCCAGUCGGUUUGAAGGUAAAAGUUUUGUUGAGAAUGUUAGAGAACGUUCAAAAGUAGGCUCUAGUUUGCAUAAGUUGCAAAAACAGAUCCUUUCGUCCGUGUUCAACGAUCAUAGCAUUUUUAUAGAAGGUGUAUCUGACGGAAAACGUUUGAUGAAAAGGAUGAUGCCUGGUAGAACAGCUCUUAUAGUUCUAGAUGAUGUUGAUCAUAUAGAACAACUUGAGGCGUUAGUAGGUGACUCUACUUGUUUCAAACAUAGAAGUAGAAUAAUCAUUACAACGAGAGAUGAGCAAGUGUUGGUAGGAUAUGGCGUUCAGAGGGACAAUAUUUAUGAUGUCGAUAUGCUAUCAGAUGAGGAAGCAAUUAACCUUCUCAGUAGGCAUGCUUUUAAGACAGAGAGUCCAAUUCAAGGGUUUGAAGACCUAUCAAAAAGGGUUGUAAGUUAUGCUGCUGGCCUUCCUUUAACCAUCAAACUUUUAGGCUCGUUUCUUUGUGGUAGACCUCAAGAUGAAUGGAAAGAUACCAUCAAAAGACUAAAAACAAUCCCAUGGCAUGAUACUUUGAAAAGAUUGGAAAUAAGCUAUGAUGGUCUAGAGGAGGAUCACAAACAAAUAUUCCUCCAUGUUGCUUGCCUACUGAAAGGCCAAAAGGAGAGUGAGGCCAUCAUAAUGCUAGAAAGCUGUGGAUUUCAUGCUCGAAUUGGUUUAAAAGUUCUUGAGCAGAAAUCCUUGAUAACUGUCCGUGAUAGUAAACGUUAUGUUUUUGGUAAGGAGGUAACUAUGCAUGAUCAUAUAGAAGAAUUGGGUGGUAAUAUUGUUCGCCGUUUGUGCCCUGAUGAGCCUAACAAACAUAUGAUAUUGUGGAAGAAAGAUGAAAUUGAACAUAUAUUAAUCAAUGAAUCGGGUACUGAAGCAAUAUGGAGUAUAAAAUUGGAGAAUACAGAUCUCCAUGCAGCUAAAAUACUGCAAGGUCUUAGAAAGAUGAGGAAUCUAAGAUUUCUUUACAUCAGUGAGAGUUACACAAAAUAUAAAUUUAAUGAAGCUGGCGGAUACCUACCAAAUAGCUUACGACAUCUAGAUUGGGAACAUUACCCUUUUCAGCAUUUACCCAAGAUAUUUCAAGCUGAUAACCUUGUUCAUCUUUGUAUGCAGCAGAGCAAUAUCUAUCAACUCUGGGAAGGGGGAGAAAAAAAGGUUUUUCUCAAGCUCAAAUUCCUUGACCUUAGUUUGUCAAACAUGAAAACCUUUGACCUUGAGAUGACUCCAAAUCUUGAAGAACUGGUUCUUCCAAAUUGUAAUAAGUUGGUAGAAGUCAACAUGGACGUUGAAUGUCCGCAUCUUAAGGUGCUAAAUCUGGCGCUAUGUCGGGCCUUGGAGAAACUCAACUCGUCCAAUAAAUGUCUGAAUCUCCAGAAGGUAAAUCUGGAUUAUUGUAGAAACUUUAAAGAACUCCCAAGGUAUGUUGAAUUUCCAAAGCUAGAGUCACUCUACUUUUCUUCUUCCGGGGUAACUAACCUGAACCUUGGUCUGACUCCAAAUCUCAAACAUUUAUAUCUUAAAGACUGUAGAGACUUGGUAGAACUCCAUGUGCCCGUUCAUUGUCCAAAUCUCAUAACCCUCGAGCUCGGUGGUUUUAAGGUGAAUGAGUACUUUAAAUCUGAUCUGGCUUCAAUAUUUGAGAAGUUAGAAAGUCUGAAGUGGUUGGCUCUAUGGUCCAUUGAUAUUGAGUGUCUUCCGUAUAGCAUAUGCAUGUUGAAGCAUCUGACAUAUCUUCAGAUAAGGUAUUGUUCCCAUCUAAAGCAGUUACCGGAGGAUUUUGGUAGACUAAGAUGUUUAACAACGUUAGACCUAAAGGGUUGUUCAUCCUUGCAAGAUAUUCCCACCGACAUCUAUAAGAUUGAAAGUUUAGUAAAAUUAAAUCUCAAAGGUUGUAAGGGGCUUAAGAAACUGUCUGAUGAUAUUGGACGUUUACAAUGUUUAGAAACGUUAACCCUAGGGGGUUGUUCAUCCUUGCAAGAUAUUCCCAACAGCAUCUGUAAGCUGGAAUCUUUAGAAUUUUUAAAUCUCAUUGAUUGUGAGGGAAUUAAGAAACUGCCUGAUGAAUUUGGACGUUUAGAAAAUUUGAAAUGGUUAGGCGUAACACGUGGAGGUAUAGAAAAUCUUUCCCAGAGCAUUUCGCAAUUGAAAGGGCUUUUGGUUUCAUCAUAAGGGACAGUUUAAAGCAUGGAGAGAGUUUUAUUAAUCAUUUAUGAUCUUACAUUUACCAGUCUCCCUUGUAUGUGUAUGUAUGGGUUGGGAGAGCUAGCUAGCCAUGUGCUCUUUUGGUGAUCAUUGCAUAGAAAUUUACCCAAGUUUUUGUUCCUGUAUUCAUAUUUUGACUUCAGUUAUAAUUUCUCUUUUAAUUA